UAAUUUGAAAUCUAAAUCGUUUUACAUCAAAUUGCUUCAUUUAUUAAGCUUCAAUUCUCUUCAAUGCUUCCAUUUAUGUAUCGCUUGAAGAUUUUUCAGGGUAAAUUGAUUGAUUUUGUAACCUAAAUACUGAUUCAAACUCAAAGUACUUACCUUUGUUUCAUUUUCUUUUGUGGGUCGUGUCGUUUUAGGUCAUCACUAUAGCUCAGAAAGUUUUAAUUUUUAAGGGUUAACCAAAAACCCUGAUUUGAAUCUUUUUAAGGGUUUUGAUCAAAUUCUGCUGUUUCUGUUUUUCUUUUUGGAAUGAUUGAUUGGUCUUUUUGGGCAUUUAUGGUUGCUCUGUAUGUUGUCUUGUAAGUAUCUAUCAUUUGCUUUAAGGUUUAAGAAAGUAACUGGUUACGUUUUAGUUUUAACUUAUGAGAAUGGUAAAAACCAUUCUUGUCAGCAAAGUAUUCUAUUACAUGUGAUGCCUUAGCUAUAAUUGUAUAUAAAAUAUGUAUAUAUAUAUAUAUACUCACGUUUCAACAUUUUGUUGAAAUGGAAAUUCAAUAACGGCGGCCUUAGCUAUUUUAGUAUUCAUUUUCAUGUGCAUAGAAACUUUCUCAACUCUUUGCUAAGCUUUCAUUGAAAACCAUAUUAUCCUUUGUUACUUCAAGUUCAAAUGUUUCGAAAACUUCAUUAUUUUCUCACCUUACUAGCUCUAUUCAAUUCUGUUUGUUUUCACUUCUCUUUUGUUAUUUCUCAUCAUCAUGAUGAUGAUGAGAAUGAGUUUCCUAUCUUGGUCAAGUCUGAUGUCAAUUACAACACUCUUGGACCUGUUUCAAGGCUUAGUCAUGGAAGCUCUCAUCGGGCAUUUAAUGUUGACGAUUUUGGAGCUAAGGGUGAUGGAACAGAUGACAGAAAGGUACAACUUAAACCAUUAAUGGAUCAACUUGCAAGAGUAAAAGACUUGGCUGUUCCUGAGUUUGGAACUCUUCUAGCCUGGGAAUUAAGAGCAAGUGCUGCUGCACGUGCAGCAAAUGGUGACGCCAAUGGUAAUGAUCCUUCCAAAUCAUCCCAGAAUGGUUAUGGGGGACCACCAAUGCCCUUUUUUGGAGAAACCAAGGUGGAAGUUGCGUUUUCUGGAACUGAGGGCCAGGAAGAUAAAAAAUCUGAAGUUGAUCAUACAAGUCUAAAAGUUUUACCGCCGUGGAUGAUCAAGCAAGGGAUGAAUCUUACAAAAGAACAACGUGGAGGAGAGGUCAAGCAAGAGGCAAAGAUGGAUGGAGGCGUGUCAACUACAGAGACCUCAGAGGAUAAAAAAUCUAUUACUGAAAAUGAUGAUAAGAAAAAUCUCCAGGAUGAAUAUGUUAAAGCUUAUUAUGCUGCUCUACUAGAAAAGCAGAAAGAACUAGAAGCAGCCACGAAACAUAUUCGGACGAGAAACAUAAGUUGUUUGUCCAAAAAACUACGAAGCAAUUAUCAGCGAAAAAAUGGAGAAUUCAGUUGUACGUAGAUGCAAACCGAACAAUGACUUCAAAGUACAAUCAGUUCACCAUUCAAGCAGUUGAACCAAUGGAAGAUUAGGAAGAAGUUACCUUUUUUUU